GCACGAACUGCAACAUGAGGGUAAUACUUAUGCGCGGAGUGAUUUACAACUUACUAUGGCAAACUGAUAGCGACUGCAAAAAAUAGGAGAGAUGGUAAUGAUUUCAGUUGACACUUGCCAAGUUCGGUUGUUCCCCGAAAUACACUUUCAAUUUAAUGGAAAAUAAACGAGCAUCAAUCUCUGCUUGUGCAUUGUGAAAGCAACAAAGUACACCAGAGAUAAAGAGAUGUCCAACUCAUCUCUUAUUGGAAGUGAGAGGACAAUUGCUAAACAUCAAAACCUCCUGAACUCGAACAGCUGAUUUUGACGUUUAGCAAUUGGAAAAGAGAGACGACGGACGGAGAAAGUGUGUUGCUGGCUGCAGCGAGGAAGAGUUUUUAAUUUUCCAAACAGUGGAACGAAUCUCGAACGAACUGAUGGAAAGAAAAAUGAGCCAAAUUUCUGCACAGUACCAAGUGCUCCUAGAAGAAGUAGCGCAGCAGAAAGUCCUCAUUCAGCAGCUUCUGAAAGAACGCACCGACGACUCAUCGAUAAUGAGAGAAUUUCCAAUUAAAAACAUAACAGAUUUGGGCCGAAUUAAUGAAAAUAUAGAAGUUCGCGGAAAGAAGAACUACAUCAAAUGUAUGACUCAAAUUCUCCAGGGUUCUGGAGUGGUGAAAAACCUGAAGAAUAUUAUAACAGACGAAUUGGCCAUGCAGUACAAUAUUGAUGGAGUGUUGGGCAAAGAUUCGCUCAAAAGCUUUACAAAUUUUUUCGACGCCCUUAUUGAGUCCAUUCCUACCGGGAUAGACGCUGGAUCGCCAGAGAAUCAACUGCGCCAAGCCCUUCAGCGUAAUAUUUUUCAACGUGUGGCAGUUGAUCUAAACUCCACUGAUCCAACUGAAAAAAGUGAUGACUUGGAGAUUCUCAACAACGACGGACUUGAGAAUUUGGCAGGGUACAUCUGA